AUGAGAUCAAUUAAUCUUGGAUGGAAUUAUAAAAGACAUGGUGAUGCAUACUUAGCUAUGAAUUAUUUUCAUGACACUCUUCAUAUAUGUCAAAGAAAUUAUUUUGAUAUAGAUCAUUCGAUUACUGUUAUAGCACUUGUUUCGAUUGGUGAUACAUCUACAGAUUUAGAUGUUUAUCAAAAUGCUUUAGAUUAUUUAAAAAAAGGAUUUCAAAUGUUCAAACGUAUUCUUCCAAGUCAACAUACGAAAAUAGCAAACACAUUGAUUAAAUUCGAAAAUCUUUUUGAUAAACAAUCUUUAUUAAAUCGUGCGAUUAAAUAUUAUCAUUCUGGUUAUAAAAUGGCACAGAUAACAAUGCCUACUGAACAUCCAUGUUUAUUGGAAUAUUUGAAAUAUAUUCUAAAUGUAUAUAAUAAGAUAAAUAAGAUCGAAGAGUUUCAUUGA